CACAAACGGGUUGUGUGACGAUGGGACCGACGACCGACGUCGAGGAGGGCCGCCGCCAGUUCCUCGGCGAGAGCCGGCGCGAUACAGACGACGACAGCGACAAGCAAGCGCCGCCGGUCGAGCGGCCCUCGUCCUCAUUGCCGUUUUGCUACGUCGAGCGGGCCUUCCAUCGUGGCGACUCGGUCGUGCUCCGGUCGCGGUCGCUCGUCUGUGGCAUGGGCCCGCGCUGGUGUUCUGUGGGCCCGCACUGGCCGCUGCUCUUUGUCACGUUCGGCCUCCUCAGCGUCUUUGCGCUCUUUACAGUCCAUGUCGUCCUGAGCAACGACCAAGUGUCGUCGUCCGAGGCGUGGGGCGGCCUCUGCCUCUGCCUCGGGUCGCUCCUCGCGUAUGCGCUCACUGCAUGCACAGACCCUGGCGUGGUGCCCGUCUCGCUCGAGCCGCAGCACCCGAGCGACACGUACUGCGACUACUGUGCGUCUUACCGGCCAGCGAGCGCGAGCCACUGCUCGGACUGCAAGGUGUGCGUCCUAGAGUACGACCACCACUGUCCGUGGACCGGCAAGUGCAUUGGGAAGCGCAACUUGACGUACUUUUACCUCUGGCUCUUCUCGCUCGUCUUCUCGUUCGUGUACGAGAUGAUCCAGCUCACGACGUAUUUAUUGCCGCCGCCGCUGCCCCACCACACGCCGUAGCAGGCCCUUGUAAUAGAUACCGCCAAAUACGAUGCUCGUACCGGUA